GCACGAAUGUUGUUUGUUGUCGUGAUCCGUAUUAGUCGGCGGCGUAUGUAUGAAUUGUGUUGUCGUAUUAAUGAAAGUAUUUUACAAUCUAAUGUACGUAGUGUGAAGAAAUUUAUUGUCAAAAAUCAUAUUUUUUUUACAGUUAACGAUCGUGUAAAAAUUCCAUCUAGCCGGAUGACCGGCGAGACGAGAUGAUUUAAUGUGUUUCGACGUUUCGGUGUUUUACGUGUUCGAUUUUAAGCAAUUGUGUACUUCAGUAGAUGUGUUAUAUUUUAUCUCGAUGUGAUUUCGAUUACGUUCCUGUGGACUUUAACGUGCUAUUUCAGCUUCUAAUGUCUCGCAAAAAAUAGCUGUUAAUCUACAACAAUGAGUAAAUCAUUCGUUUCGUUAUGUCUGUUGCGGAUCGUUUAUCCGGUUUGUCUGGCAGCAUGUGUUUGCUGCCGACAAGACUUGAUGACGGCGGUGUUCCUGCUGCUCUUGCUGUAUGUUCCGUUUGUGCCGUUGCCAACGCCUCAAACUAUGAGUGGACAUACGGCGGUGUUUUUGAAACUGAGCUUUAUCCUGAGCGCACUCAUGUUACUGCUUCAAGUCACUUUCCAAAUAGUUUUGAUAUCGUUGAAGAAUUAUGGCCAAAUUAUACAGCAGAGUUGUGGUGAAUUAGAGAAGCUGUUCAGGCAUAUUGGAUUUAUUCGUUAUAAUUCGCUAGGAAUAUGGGACUGUCUGAUCCACAUAGCUCCCGAGGUGAUCGCCUUGUUCGCUUCGUUUUUCGUCUACAUCAUAUGCGAUCGUCUAAAUCCAAAAAAUCCAGACGCCGAUAACCCCGAACAAGGGUUACUAGAAACGAUGAUGCAGCCACCGGAGACUAGCGCCGAUGUGAGGCGAUCGCUGAUGCAGAAAAAAGCUCUGAUUGCUUUGACGAUUAUUGGUAAAUACGUGGCGUUAGCUAUGCUGUGUUUUGCUAGUAUUCUGGUUCCAUCGAUAACCAGUGGAUUGUUUUACGUCAUUUUCUUGGCCAGUAUCACGUAUUGGGCUUGUUAUAAGGAUCUGAAUAGAAAAUUCGCCAUAUUGUGCCGACUGACCUGCGUUAUAAUAUUUUUUUACGUGUUGGCCAUAUUUUGCUACCAGACCGAAUGGAUACAGGAGUUGUUGCCGCCGAAUUAUCAAGUACCCAGAUACUUCGGUCUUCAAGCUUUGCACAUCACUAAUUGCAGUCAAGAUUCGAGAGUGUAUUUGUUAAACAAAGGAUUGAAAUGGCCAUCGUUUGCUCUACCCUUCGCCUUAUUAAUACUUUAUUACCUGUUGAUCUACGAAUCGAGACUUUUGCUUUUCGUAUCGGCAUUGAAAAAACGUUUGCUUGAAAAUGCUGCGGUUCGGAGCCCAAACGAAUCAACUCCCGUAACGGUUAGAAAAAGGCCAAAAUUUUCUCAGUUGAUAAGAGGACGGGAAUCUUUGUAUCGACGUUCGGCCAAUUCAACCAUGAGUCAAGAUUCCCAUGGAAGUAUUACCGUUGCUAAUACUUCGGAGAAGGAGGUGCCAAAGACUAUUGAUGAAACUAACGAAGCUGAAGAAUCGUUGAAAGUAGACAUAAUGGAAUAUCUAAUGGACGCUUUCAUUACCGUUAUCGGAUUCAUUACUCGUACCUCGUACAUUGGCACAAAUAUCAUCAUGAUGACCUGGAGUAUCACAUAUCACAGCUGGCUGACGUUCUUCUUACUUCUGGGUGCCAUUAUUCUAUGGAUGGUUCCAAAUCAAAGACAGUCGAUGCUUCGUUCUUCUCCUUUCUUGAUAUUCUACGCGGAAUUCUUGUUACUGUCGCAGUUCCUUUUCGGUAUGGAUUUGAACAACGACGAAUUACCGAGUAAAAUAUUCAACGUCGAUGAUCUCAAACAACUGGGUUUCGAAAAGAGUGAUUUUCCAGUUGUUCCGUUGGCUGUGAAGACUCUGUUCACGACCAUGUUUUGGAUUACGAUGCGUCAGUACAUGCAGGAAAGACAAGAAUCACGUAGUACGUCUACAGUAGCUCAUAUGAUGGCACCGGUACACGUGACAGUUGGUACAGCUACAGCUAUGGGAGGAGAUCCGACUUCCAAAGGUGGACAAAUCAUACAGAAAUUUGGCGAAAGGAUACGUAAAUUGUUGACCAAGUUUUGGAUAUGGAUCGUUACCAUAACUUUAUUCGCCAUCGGUGUUUACGGCAGUGGCACGAAAAUGACGUUGUUCAGAAUCAUGUAUACAGCUUUGGCGUUGAUAUUUGUCGUUACAUUCCAGUUAUCGUGGGUAAUAUGGAGAAAAAUGAUGUAUGGAUUCUGGCUGACGGUGAUCAUCAUUUCGAUGAUAAUAUUAGUUAUGAUAUACACGUUCCAGUUCGAAGGUAUACCCGAGUUAUGGAAGAAUAUUGGAGUCGGUGAGCAGUGGCAAGAAUACAUCGGAUUAGAAAAAAGAGACACCGGAGAGUUAUUCUUCUUCCUCAUCAUUCCUACAUUUUUCGUCAUCAUCACCGUCAUCCAAUUGAAAUAUUUCCACAAAGAUUUCCUAAUGAUAUCGGAUAUCAAAAGCAGAGGCACGAGUACAACGAGACCUAAAUCGAGACCUUCGAUCAUGUCCGACGACGAAUACCCAACUCAAACCGAAGAAGUAUCAUCGAAAACUGACGGCACUCCUGAUGAUCUCCAAAGUCCGGAAUCGAGUAAAACGCUCGUGGAUCCGGAAAAUAGUCAGAUUCAACCGCCCAGACCAUCUUUUCAUGUGUUUGGUCGUACUCCGAAUGUUAGAACUUUACAGACUUUGGAUAGGUUCAAAUUGUUUGUCAAGAAUGCGAUCGAAGUGUUGUGGCUUUUCUUGGAAUUGCACGUUAAGAAAUUCAUUCUGGUGUUGGUUAUGUUCGUGAGCGUUACCGAGGUAAACGCCAUUCAUUUCGGGUUCGUUUUGGGCGCUGUGUUGGCGAUGAUGCUGAAUUCGAAAUUUCAAGAUAUCGUAAUAAGACUGAUGUCGGUGAGCGCUGCUGUUAUGCUUUUAGCUGAAAUGAUUUUCCAAAUCGAUCACUUCCAUAGAGAAGACUGGUCGGCUAAUUGUACGAUAAAUAGAUCUGUUGUGACGUUGAAUGGAUCCGAUUGGCUAGGACUUUAUAAAGUGAGCAGUGAUCGUACGACACUUCAGUUGCUGUCUGGAUAUAUUUGGAUCAUCGUGGCAGUUACAAUUUACGUUGUAGUGAUCACCAGACAGAAAUACAUCAGACAUUUGAAGGGUAGACCUUUAUCUAGAUCAUUGAUAUUAUUUCCAAGGAUCUCAUACAAAGAUGCCAAUGCCGGUGUAUUGUCUUGUAUCAAAUAUCUAUUCAAUUACGGAUUUUAUAGAUUUGGUCUCGAGAUCACAUUUAUUUCUAUUGUUUUGUUGAUUGGAAAUCGUUUGAAUGUGGCCUCAUUGGUGUACGCGUUUUGGCUUCUAUUCUUCAUGCUUUGCAAUCGAGCCACGUUAUCGAAGAUAUGGUACUUCUUCAAUUGGUUCGUCGCUGUUACGAUCCCUCUACAAUACGUAAUUAUCGUCGGAUUACCUCCGGAGCUUUGUUUUGAAAAAUUCUUCCCGAAGACCCCACUUAUGGUAGAUGUUUACGAAUAUUUGUUCUUACCGAUCGGCGAACGUAAACCGGAUGCUAGUAAACUGAUAUGGGAUUUCCUGGUGUUAUUGUUCGUAACGAGGCAGACAAAGGUAUUUAGAAUCGAAUAUCAAGAUAGAAACAGCAGUUACGCCGGUGGCUCGAAUACUUCCAUUACUCACGAGAUGGAAAAUCCUUCCUACGUUAAUCCGAUCCCAGAUUUUAUUUCAGAAAAGAGAUCGUAUUUAGAUAUCAUCAAACAUGGAGUACUGUGCUCGUUGCUGUGGAUCUCAUGCGCGGUGGUUUUCCUGGCCGGUACACAUAGCGUAACGUUGUUCUCAUUCGGUUACGUUAUGGGUUCGUUUUUGAUACUCUGGCAAGGCAACGAUUUCUAUUUGCGACCAAUUAACACAAUUUUGAAAUGGUGGAAUCGAUUACUCGUUUACAACGUGAGUGUGAUAUUUUUCAAGGCGUUUUUCCAAAUCCCAGGAUGUAUAUUUAUGACGUUUAUGGCGCAAAACGCUUGCUGGAUGGUUCGUUUGCUGGGAAUAACGUGUUUGAGAACUUUCGCUUUGCCUAGUUCGAUAUUAAGUAGCGACGAAGUUGCUAACAAAGAAACUUGUUCGUUGGCAUCGGAUCCCGGUGGACUCGGAUGGGAUGCUUUGUGCUUUGUAUUAUUGGUGUUCCAAAAGAGACUGUUUUCUAGUCAUUAUUUCGUCCGGAUCGUAGACGAAGCUAAAGCUAUGGCUGUGCUGGCGGCGAGAGGAGCCGAAUUAAUCGAAGAACUGAGCAAAAAACAAAUCCAAAAACAACAAGAACUGGAGAAAACUGUCCUACAAAAGAUCAAGAACAAGAUGGACAGCAUUAAAGCAGCUCAGAAGAAAAUCCAAGGAAUCAAAUCCAAAGAACCUAGUUCCCAUCAAGAAGCUGUUCGUUCUGGCGAUUAUUACAUGUUCGACGAUGAAGAAUCUCAGAAUUUGAUCGAGGUCGAAGAUGAAGACGUGGAAGAGGAAGAAGAGAAAGGAAAAACGUUAGGAAAGCUAAUGGAAAGCGUUAUGAAAACCGAUCUUAAACACGCGCUGAAGUCCGGAGCAUCGUCCGAAUCAAAGAGUUCGACGUCGAAACCCAAAUCGGCUCGGUUGAGUAAAGCAUCAUCUUCCGAUGAUGUUGGCGAUGAAGAUGAUGACGAUUGUUCCACUUGUCAGUACAAAAGCACCGAUGCUACUACCAGUAAAGAUGUCACAGAUUCGUUGGAUGAGAGCAGAAGUAUAUCGAUACGUAGAAGUAAACGAGAUUCGGGUCGAAAACGUACGUCGUUUAAAAGGGAAGAUCGCGAUAAAUAUGAAAAAAGACACGAACACGAUAAAGGCGAUUCUACAGAUAGCGAUGAAGGUACCUUGAUGUCGUCUUCUGAAGAAGAAAGCAACACGUUGUUCAAGUGCUGGGAUAGUUUCGUGAUGUACUUGAAAUUCGCGUUCGCAUUCAUCGACAGUUGCAUGGUAUCCAUUAUACAGUUCCUCAAUCGUAAAUCCAGAGAUUAUCGAUACGUUAUACAAGCUUUGGAAAAAGAAAAGAAAACGUUGAAAGAAACCAAAAAUUUGAGAAUUGGUAUGAGAAUCCUACCAGAUAUGAAAUGGCAACCAGUUCCUGCUGGGUUAAGUACUCAAAGACCUAAAAGCCCUCUGAAAAUUGAAGAUUUUGAGAACCAAAGUUUCGUUGCUUCGAAUCAACCGACUAUCGUACGUUUGAUGUUGGCUGUUUAUCACGCUUUGAUGUCACAUUCCGAUAUGGUGUGCUAUUUUGCGGUUUUCAUGUUACAAAUUAUCAGUCCUACGUUGACUUCGUUGCCUCUACCGUUGAUGGUGUUCUUUUGGGGUACUCUGUCCAUGCCGAGACCUACUAAGCGGUUUUGGGUCACUAUUAUUGCCUAUACGGAGUUCGUCGUAGUAUUGAAAAACGUGUGUAGAUCGGAGUUAUUCGAUUUCAAUAAAACCAAACUACUCGAUUCAAAACCAUUCCAUUGGUCUCGGAUGUUGGGAGUCGAGUAUGGCAAAAACGACGCUUUUUACGAUCUGAUUUUAUUAUUGGCUGUGUUUUUCCAUCGAUCAACUUUAAAAUCUCUGGGAUUGUGGAAAAGCGCCGAAGAAUUUAAUAAAGACAACAAAGCGACGAAUUUGUUAAACUUGAAUUACGUCGAACCGCAAAGAAACUCGGUAAUUUCGGGAGGCGAUAGCGAUGUCACCACCGAAAUAACAACCAUCAAUUUAAUGAUGCAGAGCGAAGAUCUACCAGGCCAGAGUACCGAUUCGUAUCAAAAUCAAACAGUUGUACCGCAAAUGAAACUGAAUAGCAGGAGUUUAUCGACUUCUAAAGAGAACGUGUUUUUACCUUUUGCCAAAUCGAUCAACGGAUUUUUCAGCAAGAUGCUCGAUUCCAAGAAUAGAAUCGCCGAUGAUGUGUACGCGUAUAUGUUUUUCUGCGAUUUUUGCAACAUCAUCGUGAUUAUUUUUGGAUUUUCGGCGUUCGGUGCUGUGAAAGGAGAUGGCGGAGUUACACAGUAUAUCGAAGAGAACAAGAUACCGUUUGCAUUCUUGGCGAUGUUGAUCCUGCAGUUCGCAUUGAUCGUUAUCGAUAGAUGGUUAUACUUGAGUAAAUACAUCUCCGGCAAGUUGGUGUUCCAGUAUUUGUUGGUCGUCGGUGUACAUAUCUGGAUGUUUUUCAUUCUUCCGGCUGUUACUGAAAGGCAAUUCAACGCUAAUCUUCCUCCUCGUUUAUGGUAUUUGAUAAAAUGUUGCUACCUGUUAUUGUCAGCUUACCAGAUACGAAGCGGAUACCCGACGCGUAUUUUAGGCAACUUCUUGUGCAAGAAUUACAACCUCGUUAAUAUGGUUUUAUUCAAAAUAUUCAUGAUCAUACCUUUCGUUUACGAAUUGAGGACGUUAAUGGAUUGGAUAUGGACAGAGACUUCGAUGACUUUAGCAGACUGGAUCAAAAUGGAGGACAUAUUUGCUCAAGUCUUCCAAUUAAAAGUUGGUGAUUUAGAAGUUCCCACUCCUGGUGAUGAAUUAUCACCAGAUCCGUGUACUCGACGUGCUGAAAGUAAAUACCCGCUCCCUAGAAGUCAGAAAAUCGCCGCCAAGACUAAAUUCUUGUACGGUGGUGGCGGCCUUAUAACGUUAUUCACCAUUAUAUGGUUCCCGUUGGUGUUAUUUGCUCUCGGUGAUACCGUUGGAGAACCUAAUAGACCUUCAGAUAUGGCAGCCAAGGUGCAAGUCAGUUCGUAUCAAUCGAUUUAUGCCAGUUCCACUUCAAAAAUAACUGGCUUGAACGAGAUACAGUGGGAAGCGAUAAAAGAGAUAUACUCGUCAUCGGCCAGUGCGCAAACAUUCCUCUCUGAUUAUAACCCCGAAGACGUCGGAGCAGUAUUUCUACCGCAUUAUUCUAGCUCAAUAUGGACGAUACCGCCGCCCGAAGAAAGCGACAUGCAAAAGGAGUUGAAUAAUACUGAAACUUGUCAGAAGAUAAAAGUUGCCAUGGAGUGGACUUUGGAUCGUCGCAGCGAGAACCCAGAAUCACCUAAGACGGUUUCGGAAAAAAACGAUAUCAUAUUAGAACCCGAAGAAUGUACCAAUUUCUUGAAAGUGUUACAAAAUAAAGGCAACAGCACGGUGAGGUUGAAGAAACUGAUGCCGAAAUUUUUAAAAAUCACGAGUCCCGGUAGAGCGAGCCCGAUUCCUCAGCUUAUGCGUUUCGAAGAUUAUUCCGAAGACGAUGACAGUCCUAGUGUUAAGCCAGAAAUAAGCCCUUUUGUGGACGUGGUUUUCCAACUAGAUGAAUCGGAUAAUACCGUCGGAAGGUGGUGGAAUUUGGCAGAAGACGAACCUAAUCCGAAAUUAAAAGAACUCGACGCUAUAACUAGAUCGGAUAAGGGGGAAAAUAGAUCCAUUAUUAUUUAUACUUUCAACGAUAAAAUGUUUCCUCCCGGAUUGCUUUCGUUGAUCAGUGGAAAAGGAAUAAUCGGAUUGUAUACGACUUUCGUAAUCGUUGUCGGUGCCUAUGUGAAAGGAUACUUUACGGGUACCUCGACUCAUAUCAUGUUCGAAGAUAUGCCUUACGUGGAUAGAAUACUACAGCUCUGUCUGGAUAUAUUCUUGGUAAGAGAAAGACGAGAAUUCGACCUGGAGGAAGAUCUAUUUGCCAAAUUACUAUUCCUGUAUAGAUCUCCGGAGACGAUGAUAAAAUGGACAAGGCCACCGGAAGAUGGUGGAUCGGACGAGUAUUAAUGGUGUUUUUAUUAUUAACAUAUCUUUUUUCUAGUCGUCGUUACUUUUACUACUAAAGAAGAUUUUGUGUGGAUGUUUUAGAGAGCUUCGUUUUAUAUUACGUAAAGUGCCUAUACAGAAUGAUGAAACGUCGAGCAUAUAUUAUUAAGAACGUUUAUUUUAUUUUUUUUUUAUUUUUCUUUGUCUUUUUUUUAAUGAAUAUUUUUCCACUGUACGAGUGUACUCGUACGAAAGCCAUUUGUACUAUUUUUUGUAAUCAGUGUCGCGUACAAUCAUUAUUUUAACGAAUUUUUUUCUGCGCUUAGUAUUAUUUAAUUGUAAUUACUUUUAUCGUAUUUGUGUCGUUUUUAUUUUUUAUUUAUUUUGAAAAUCUCGUCUGCAAAAUGUAUAUGUAUGUUUUACGAAAGAUGAACUCUAGUCUUGAAUUUCGUAAAUAUUUCUCUUUUUUUCUCAUUAUUGUUGUACUUUUAGCGGAGUUGUUACUUAUACUUAUUUACAUCGUGUGUAAACGUACGUGUAGAAUGUUGUACAUUUUUAAUAAACGUCGUGAUUUAAGAGCUUUUA